AUGGACAGAACCUCAUACACUUAUCUGAUGAUCUUUUUCAUAUUGGUUUCCAUCUAUGGAAGAACUGAAGGCUUGUUUCCCUCAUGUCAGCUGAGCGUGCGGAGAAGCACUGCGCUGAUGAGAGCGCCAAACCAGACUGUGACGAUCAGCUGUCCCGUCAAACACUGUGGAAAGUCAGUGAACGUCAGCUGGUGUAAAAUACUGGACACAAACAUGUGUGAACAGAUAAUAAACACACAGAAUGUGGAAAUAAGGCAGAGACACGACAAUGUGAAGAAUCUACUGGUCUCUAGUUUAACUUUCAAAUGGAUUUCUGCUCAAGAUGGAGGCCUGUACAGAUGUGAAUUAAAAGGAAACAGGUUGGGGGCAAUCAGUCACAUCAUCAACAUCUCAGUUUCAGACAAACAUGAGGAGUCAACACACAAUUUUGCUGUUGUGUCUCUACCCGCUCCUGGUGAGGAGGCUGAGGACUGGCUGCCCUACUUCUACAUCUGCACUGGCAUCGCUCUUGUGGUUUUCACAUUAUUGGCCUUUACCCUCCUGAGUUCUUACGGCUGGAAACAAAUACUGACCCACAAGUCAAUGAAGGGGAAGGAAACAUCCACUCGUACGAUACCGGACCUGCCCAAGUGGAGCGCUCCUUCCUCUCCCGUCACGUUUGUUCCAAGCGACAUCCACUCUCUAGGGACACCACCUUCCCUUAUCACCAGUGGGAUCCAGCCUUUGGCGGAGGCCGCAGACGUGCACAAAGCAGACUGUGCCGUGUACGCCACCAUCAACCAUGCACAGGCUGGGAGACCUGUCAGUAAACCGCAUGCUGCCUCUGAAGGAGACACAAACCCUCAGUAUGCUGCUGUCAAUGUUUCCUAA